CGGCAUUUGUUUUUUCAGAAUUUCAAGUUAAAGUUUAUUUUUUAAACUAUUUAAAAAACCCUUACCGUCUUAAAACUGGGUUAUCCGCAGCCAGCUUCCAAGUAAGCAUUUUGCUUUGCAAUCAGUAGUUUUCAAGGGAGCUUUUAAAGCUGAGCUGAAAUAUUUGAAAUGUGGAACCCUCUUGACCAUGAAAUAUGUCCUACUUACAUGCCUCAGACUUUAAAAGUUCUUUGCAUUGGAAUCAGGGAUUACAUUCUUCCCGGAGCCAAGCACGGGGCCAGCUGUAAACAAGCCCCACUUCUCCUCGGGGAGGCUGAUAGGAGUUUAAAAGGUUUGUUGCCGCGCGUCAGAAACUUUCCCAGCUCCACCACCGGCCCUUUACUUCCACCUCUACCCACUGGAGACCACUUAGACACUUAAGUGGAGGUGACAGCUGAAUUCGGGAAAUCAUGCAUCAUGUCAGCAGGAGCCCACUGCAGACUUUAAACUCUGUUCAACAUGUGGAUGAGGCAGAGAAAUGACCUGUCCAGACAAGCCAGGGCAACUCAUAAACUGGUUCAUUUGCUCCCUGUGCGUCCCACGGGUGUGUAAACUCUGGAGCAGCCGGCGCCCGAGGACCCGGAGGAACCUCCUGCUGGGCACUGCCUGUGCCAUCUACCUGGGCUUCCUGGUAAGCCAGGUGGGGCGCGCCUCUCUCCAGCACAGACGGGCAGCAGAAAAGGGGCCGCGCCAGAGCCGCGACACCGCCGAGGCAUCCUUUCCCGAGAUACCCUUGGAUGGUACUCUGGCCCCUCCUGAGUCCCAGGGCAACGGAACCACUCUGCAGCCCAAUGUGGUGUACAUUACCCUACGUUCCAAGCGCAGCAAGCCCGCCAAUAUCCGUGGCACAGUGAAACCCAAGCGCAGGAAGAAGUAUGCAGUGGCAUCUCUGGACCCUGGACAGGAGGCUUUGGUUGGACCAUCCAUCCAGCAGCGGGAAGCUGCAAGGGCUGCUGAUGCUGAAGUGCCUGGGUAUGUCCAGGGAGGAAACUUGGCCAAGGUUGGGGAACGACCCUGGAGGUUGAUACGAGGUCCUGGAGUACGAGGUGGGCGCUCAGAUUUCCAGCUGCCCAAGACCAGGGAGAGCAACAUCAGAAUCUACAGCGAGAGCGCCCCCUCGUGGCUGAGCAAAGAAGACAUCCGCAGAAUGCGUUUGCUGGCCGAUGGUGCAGUGGCAAGCGUCCAGCCAGUGUUCUCUAAGAGCCGAGCGCGCUUGCUGGUGCUGGAGGGGACCGCUGCUGGCGCCGAGCCCGGCUGCGGCCCUCUCCCCUGUGGGCUGCUCAAGCAGCCUUUGGACAUGAGUGAGGUGUUUGCCUUCCACCUGGACAGGAUCCUGGGACUCAACAGGACCCUGCCUUCUGUGAGCAGGAAAUCAGAGUUCAUCCAAGAUGGCCGCCCAUGUCCUGUCAUUCUCUGGGACUCAUCUUUAUCUCCAACAAGUAAUGAGACCCACUCUUCUAUUAAGCUCACCUGGGGAACUUAUCAGCAGUUACUGAAACAGAAGUGCUGGCAGAAUGGCCGAGUACCCAAACCCGAAUGGGGUUGUACUGAAAUACAUCACCAUGAGUGGUCCAAGAUGGCACUCUUUGAUUUUUUGUUACAGAUUUAUAAUCGCUUAGAUUCAAAUUGCUGUGGAUUCAGACCUCGAAAGGAGGAUGCCUGUGUACAGAAUGGACUGAGGCCCAAAUGUGACAACCAAGAUGCUGUGGCUCUAGCACACAUUAUCCAGCGAAAGCAUGACCCAAGGCAUCUGGUCUUUAUAGACAACAAGGGCUUCUUUGACAGAAGUGAAGAUAACUUAAACUUCAAAUUGCUAGAAGGCAUCAAAGAGUUUCCCGAAUCUGCAGUUUCUGUUUUGAAGAGCCAGCACUUACGGCAGAAACUCCUUCAGUCUCUGUUUCUUGAUAAAGUUUAUUGGGAAAGUCAAGGGGGUAGACAAGGAAUUGAAAAACUUAUCGAUGUAAUAGAACAGAGAGCCAAAAUCCUUCUUACCUACAUCAAUGCACACGGGGCCAAAGUGCUGCCUAUGAAUGAAUAACAAAAGAAUCUUCUGGCUAGGGUACUAGAUAUAUUUAUGCAUUUUCGUUUUUGUUUUUAAAUCAAGUAUGCAAACCUCAAGCCAUUCUAGGAAUGAGGCAAUGUAGAUGAAAUAUAUAAAAUAAAUGAAUUUAACCAAGUAUAGAUGAUAGGCCUGAGCACUAUAAGCAGACUUUAAAAGCUUUUCAAAAACACACUCCUCCAAAAACAUUUGCUUAUAUUUGUCUCUAACAUCGUGUCACAUGUCAUGUGAGUCUUAACAUCUGAUUACAGAAUGAUUGCAAUGAACAUGCCAGCUAGCUUUGUUAAAAUAUUUGUCAUGUCGUUUAAUAGAACAGGGUAAACCAGAGGUAAUGAUUCCCUUAAUAAACCAUAUUUUAUGCCACAUUGACUGGUCUGACCAAAUACUAAUGGGAAUGGUUUUUGACGUUCUUCUGUUUCUGAUUGUUAAAACAGAGCAGUCCCACACUACCCAGAGACAACUCUACAUUGGAAAGCUGAGGCUCACGAUCUGCAAAAACAUCAGAGCGUACACUAAUUCUAAACAGAGAUGGUGGGUUAUUUGCAAACACAUCAGUAUAUAUUCUAUUGUAUCUAUAAAUGCAGCCAUCUCUGUGAUUCUGAGCAGCGAGAAUCACCUUUUCCAUUCCUUUUUAGAAAUUUAUUUUGUUGUCAGUAUAGAAACCAUCCAAAUUUGACAAUUUAUACAUUAGGUAGUUUUGCUCUCUCAAUUUUGGCCCAAUUUAUGUCUAGUAGCUUAGAAAUGAAGCAAUUUUAAGGUAUAAAGUUACCUAUUUGAAACUGUACUUAUAGAGUUAUCUUUUUUUCAAUAGAUUUUUAAAAACAAUUUUGUCAUUUUUAUGAAGGAUGUAUUAUAACUUCUAUACAUUUUAUUGAUAAUAGUAAAGUUCUUGAAAUUUGUUUUGUGUAAUUAUAUUUAAACCAAUUUAAUUGAUAUUGGCCAGAUAUUGACAAUAGGACCAGAUAUUGAAUGUGUUUAAAUAUAUUUUUUGGCUUAUUCCAAUAUGAGAAAUAUGAACAAAAUAAAUUAAAACCUGACUGUUGAGUUCUCCUCAAUGAAAGUGCAUGACUAGAACUAAAACAGCAAAUUUGGGCAAUAUUAAGCCUCAAAUAAUUAUCCCCAAACUCCCUCUACCAACUUUUUAAUUAGGUGGAAGGAUGAGGGCACAUAGUAUUCACGUGCUGUGUCUUCAUGUCCUUGGAAGAUACCCACGUCAUCAUGGAUGAUAGAUGUUCUUAUAGAAGUUUCAAAUCUCAAACAACUCAUUACCCUUCCACACCCACACAUCCCACCCCUUAUUUAAAAGCUGAUAUACUAACUCCUUUCCCGGAAUGUUUAAAAAUACAAUUUAAAAAUGUUCAUAAUACAUACAUCCUCUGUUUUCUCAGUUCUGUGUGUUAUUGCUAAAGAGCACCCCAUUUUCUGUGUUCUGAUCAAGGCUAACUCAGUACCACUGUAACUUCGAACUAUUAAGGACAUUACAAUAAGGGUGAAGUUUUUUAAAAAGAACGUAUCUAUAGAUUCUAAUUUAUUAAAGUACAUAGGGACAAAAUGUCAAAAUAACAUGUUAAGUACAAGAGAAGAUAGACCAAGGUGAAAGGGAUUAUUUGAUUAUCUAACUGUAACUUUUCUAGGCUCAAAUUCAAGUACUACUUUUCAGCACCCUUAUUUGCUGGGCUGACCCUUGGAGCGUUGGUCUUCAGACUGUUCUCCUCUCUGUUUGCCGCUCUGUGCCCUGAGUGCCUCCCUCUGGUCCCACACUUUCAGAAUACUCUCUGGCUCUCCUUAGUCUCCAGGUUUACCUGCUAUGUUUGGGCUUUUUAAGAUCCCUUUUUCUCUCAUUAAUCAACGUAUUAAUGGAAAAUUGGCCUGACAAAAGUUUUGAGACGCAGCUUCUACUUUGAGCCGCUGACUUGAAGUGAUUCUGUCAAGUUGCCUUAUACCUUGUCUUAUCAAGGUGGCAUAUUUGCAUUAUAAUGUGCUUUUUAUGGACUAUACCAUCUUUAUCCAAAUUUGUGAUAGUGGUGGUGGGAAUUCCAGGCUCCUUAGAAGCGAGGUUUAAUUUUGUGUCUCAAGCUACACUGCUGUUGGCAGUUUGGUCCUCCCAUAUGUGGGUCUGACUUUGUUUGUUUGCCUCCAGUUAUUCCAAAAUGCUUAAUAUUAAAUAAAAGUUCCAGGAACACAUGUUUAUUUUAGUCACCUUUGCUUUUUAAGAAUGUAUUUUGUUUUAUAACCAGUAAAUAAUUCAUGCUGUAUUGUUUUUGAAUAAUGGGUAGCUGAAGGCCAGGCAUUUAAUUCUAAUAAUAAGUAUUGCUCCUCUUUUCUGUUACUGAAACAAUGAGAAUACUCUAUGCCUCUCAAAUGUACUCAGAUUAUGCUGUGGUUUGGUUCACAUAAGCGCAUUAUGUGGCUUAUUUAUAACUUGAUAAAUUUAAAAUAGAGCAAUUUACCUUGGCAGACAUACAAAAGCUUACUCUUGUGUGAUUUAUUUUCUUUAAGCUGAUGAUAUGAAAAUAAACACAUAUCUUAAAACUAUAAUAAAAAUAUUAGAAAUGAAA